ACCAUUUGAAUAUACAAAAUAUAAUAACACCAAUUGUAGGCGUAUAUAUAUCGACAUAUUUACAAAUACGUUUUCCUUCUAUUACGCUACAAACUAAAAGACAGAACAAAAAAAAAACAUCGACGAAACCAUUAGAGUUUCAUCACGUAUACAAGAGUUUCAUAAAAUGAAAGCUUUCGAAAAUACUUUUAUUCGUGGCCCAUCUCCAUCAUAUUCGGACGAAGUGAACUCGGAACAUGGCACGCUGCCAGUAGCAUCUUUUCCAUUGGAGCCUGGACAAGAUAAACGUGAAAAAGUAUUUUCAACGAAAAUGGAAAACUAUUACGAUGACAGUCGCUACAAUGUGGGAGGCAAAAAUAAGGCAGUGGUUCAGGGGCGUAACACAUUUGCCUUUUGGACAAUUGUAGUCAUUUUGCUCGUCUUGACGAUUGGCAAUCUAUUAUUAACGCUCUCCAUAAUUGGCGUUCUUCAUUUGGGAAAAGGCAUAUACGGCAUGGAACUUAUACCAGAGGAAGAUGUUGUCAAGUUCUAUGGCGAAACAGACUUGGAUCGUGUAUUCUCUAAAAAUGUAGGACAAUUUGAGGGAUUUUUGGAUGAUCCCGUUACGAUUGAGGGCGACAAUGCUCCAGUAUAUGUUCGCAUGCAUCACCGAAACACUCACAGUUCCAAUCGUUUGGCCGUCGAAAAAUCUGGAGUCCAAUUUAGAGGUGUCAACACGUUUGAACUGAAGGACCCCAUAAAUGGCGAAACUAUAUUCUCAACCCACCGGCCACAUUACUCGAUUCCGAAUGGAGCUAAUAAUUUAAUAUCUAAGGUCAAUAGCGCCAGUCGCAUAGUCAGUCCAGUAGAUAAACAUUUAGUGGUAUCAUCUCUUGACAAUCGUUUGUCCAUUCGUGGCUCGGAAGGCAUUCAUGCCGAUGCAGCUGAUGUGUAUGUGAAAGCUGAACAAAAUAUUCUGUUGAAUUCAACACAGGGUGCAACAUACUUAGAAGGAGGCUCUUCAGGAAUAUAUCUCGACAUGGAUAAAAUACCAAUUGUUAAUUCUGAAAUGGGAUUACGAGCAGGCAGUGUACAGUACAAAAUCUGUGUAUGCAUGCCACAAGGAAUUGUCUUCCGCAUAGAAAUACCCCAAGAUCAUAAUGGUUCCAAAAUUUCCUGUGUGCAUUUUAGUUCAAAGCACGAUCCCUGCAAUCAUAAUUAGAUAUAUAUAAACACAAUGAUACACAAAAUACUUUAUGCGAACUUAAAAAAAAAAAUAUAAUAAAAAACAUAAAUCAUAAAAAUUAUAAUUAUUAACAAGUAAAAGUAACGAAUAGGUCGUGCUAGAAUUAAGAACGUAAAGUCGUGCAUUCAUGUUUAAAUUUCUAUUUUGUUACAUUAUUAAGUUCACAACAUCUCAUUGUCAAAACGUAUAUUUACAAAUCCAUAGUAUAUGCAGAAAUCAGAAAUGGGAACUUGAUAAUGAAAAUGCAGAGAUGGAUAUGUUUAUUUGAAAUGACUUUGCCUUCUUCUUACCAUGCAAACAGGCAAAGAAAUCCUUUAAAAAUAAAAGAAUUGGAAUUGAA